CCGCGCGUAGCUCGCCGAGCCCCGGGAGGAGCGGAGCGGCGCGGCGGCCGGCACCCGGCGCGGAGCCGCCAUGGCCGAGUUCCCGUCGAAAGUGAGCACGCGGACCAGCAGCCCCGCGCAGGGUGCCGGCGCCUCGGUCUCCGCGCUGCGCCCGGACCUGGGCUUCGUGCGCUCCAGCCUCGGGGCGCUCAUGCUGCUGCAGCUGGUGCUGGGGCUGCUGGUGUGGGCCCUGAUUGCGGACACCCCAUACCACCUGUAUCCGGCCUACGGCUGGGUCAUGUUCGUUGCUGUCUUCCUCUGGCUGGUGACAAUCGUCUUUUUCAUCCUCUACCUGUUUCAGCUGCACAUGAAAUUGUACAUGGUGCCCUGGCCGCUGGUGUUAAUGAUAUUUAACGUGGGCGCCACUGUUCUCUACAUCACGGCCUUCAUCACCUGCUCUGCCGCCGUUGAGCUGACAUCCCUGAAGGGCACCCGGCCGUAUAACCAGCGUGCGGCUGCCUCUUUCUUUUCGUGUUUAGUGAUGAUUGCCUACGGAGUGAGCGCUUUCUUCAGCUUCCAGGCCUGGCGGGGAGUGGGCAGCAACGCGGCCACCAGUCAGAUGGCCGGUGGCUACGCCUAGAACACUGUGCCAUGGCCCACCGUGGGGCCGAAGGCUGCAGCCGGGUCAUGGUGUGGGGCGACCUGCAAGUCUGAGGCCUGAGCCCUCUGUGGAGACAGCAUGGAAGGGACUGCCCUGGCUCCAUCCGCUCUGCUCGUCAGACUCGGGCUCACCUGGCACUCCUAAGGAAUCGGGAUCCUUCCUCUGGUUUGCCCCAAGUCAGAUGGCACAGGGGCUGGAAAGAGGCCGGUGGCUGAGACUGCCUGCCCACCCCCUGUAUUUAGUGGAAGGCGACCGGGGAUACGGGGCUCUCUGUGUCUCUGCUUUGUCCGUAAAAGACUUCAGUGUCCAAGGCUGGGGCCCAGACUUCUCACCAACACUAAAUACACUAACAAGGACUCCAGGCCUGCAGCCCCUGACCCUCUGUAGAGUAAGCCUAACAAGCCACAUGUAUUUAUCUUAGUCUUUGUUCCAGGACUGCAGAGCAAGUUUUUGAAACCGGUCUGAUAACUUAAAACACUAUUUUUUUCUUAAGUAGGCUCCCUGCCCAGUAUGGAGCCCACUGUGGGGCUUGAGCUCACAACCCUGAAAUUGAGACCUGAGCUGAGAUCGAGUUGGCCACCAACCACCUGAGCCACCCAGGCACCACCCCCCUUACAACACAGUUGACCCUCAUCCAGGCCAGUGGGCUGUUUCAAGGGAGACAUUUAUGGAAAGAGGGUCAUGAUUUCUGACAACAUGGUCUUCCUUUCCUGCAUUUCAAAUGUACUCAUUAUUUAAAGCAAUUGGUUCCAAGCAACUUCUGUGAAAAACCCGACCAGGCUUCCCUCCCUCACCCAAGCACUUGUUUAUAAUAUUCCCUUUGGGGAAAGCUAAUAAUGCCGAUGGCUUCCCUGACACUGUUGAUGAGGCUCCGGGGACAUGAAGGAGGGAGGGAAUCAAGCAAGGCCUUGCCUGGUAAGUUGUCCUGUGCUUAGUGGUGACUUUGUUCUUUGGGGCUUUUUGUUUGUUUGUUUUUUUACAAAAAUAAAGACAGAAGAACUCAUUUGGAAAA